GUGGCCGAGCGAUCCGAAGAGCACGAUCGCUUCAUGGGUGACAUGCAGAACCGCUUCCACUCUUUGAGGCGAAGACUGGCCGAGGAGCGCGAGGCCCGGCGCCACAAAGGUCACGAAAUGCGGCAGCGUGCCGAAGAUCGGUUCAGCUCGCUGGAUAGCAGGAUCAAGCAGAAGGAGCCCGAAGUGCUCAGACAUCUGGAAGAUGUGAGAGCGAGGAUGUCUAUGGAGCUCCAGAUGAGGUCCACGAGCCAAGAGAGUAUGGUGCAAGACAUGAUGCGCUUCAUGGCUCAUUUCGAGAAGAGCAUCUCGGAAUCCGGGGAGCGGCAAGAGAAGACCAAGGCUCACUUGCAUGCGAUGAAGAUGAAGCUGAGAGAAGAGGAGUAG